AUGAAUAGAGUCACGCUAGCAUUGACUAGUUUUCUUUGCUUUUUGGGAUUUGCUUUAAGUGUGGUCCAUGAGGAUGGGUUCUGUGCAAUGUAUGAUAAUUGCGGUAAGAAGUCACUUUUUGGUAGUGAAUUACCAUGUGUGAAUAAUACGGAGGCAGUAAAGCCAUCAAAGGGCUCUAUUGAGAUACUAAACCGAAUAUGUGGUGCCGAUUUUCCUAUGGAGAGAGUUUGCUGUUCUGAGAAGCAACUAUUAAAUUUAGAAUCCAAUUUAAAGAAAGUUGACCCAUUAAUAAGUUCAUGCCCUGCUUGUCGGAAGAAUUUCUACGAUUUCUUUUGCAAGUUCACAUGUUCUUCUAACCAGUCGACAUUCAUAGAUAUCACUAAGACUUCAGAGUCUAUAGACCAGAAGAAGGAAAUAGUAACAGAAUUGAGUCAAUUCGUAGACUCGGAUUAUGCCUCAGAGUUCUUUAAUUCUUGUAAAGAGGUAAAGUUCUCAGCAACUAAUGGAUACGCUAUGGAUUUGAUUGGGGGAGGUGCCACGAAUUAUAAGGACUUUUUAAAGUUCUUAGGUGAUGAAAAACCGCUUUUAGGAGGAUCUCCGUUUCAAAUUAAUUACGAAUAUGCUACAACUGAGAGACAACAAAAUGAUGGCAUAAUCUUAAGAUCUGGCGAUAUGAAAAGCUGUGAUGAUAAAGAUUACAAGUGCGCCUGUUCAGACUGCUCAAAUUCGUGUCCAAAAUUACCUGGCUUUAAAAGUUAUGACAAAAAGUGUACGAUAGGUGUGUUACCAUGUUUUUCGUUCGCCAUCAUUAUUCUUUGGGGUUGUUUAAUCUUGAUCUUAGGAGGAUACCACAUUUCUAUUGUAAGAUCAAAGAAAAAUGAUACUAGGCGUUGGAGUAAUAGUUUAAUAGAUGAUGAUGAUGAUGACGACGUAGGAAACACCUACCAUUUCACAAGAAAUAGCAAUUCAUCUAGUCUCGCUGUUCUAGAAGAAUAUCAUAUGAAACUAAUUGGCUAUAUUCAAACUGGGUUUGAGUAUAUCGGUUAUUAUUGCGCCCUGUUACCGGGAAUAACUAUUGGGGUUUGCAUAGUGGUGACGCUUUUCAUGUCAAGUGGAUUAUUCUGGCUCAGUCUUGAGAUAAAUCCUAUAAACUUAUGGGUAAGUCCUGAAGAACCGGCGCUUAAGAAUCUUCAGUUCUUUGAACAAGAAUUUGGGGAAUGGUUUAGAAUUGAACAAAUAAUCAUCAGUUCCAGCAAUGAGAGUCAGCCUAUUCUUAAUUGGGAAAACAUCCAAUGGUGGUUUGAAAAAGAACAAGAAUUAAGAAGCUUGACGAUUGGUGAUGAUGAAAAUUUUGGCUUAACUGACCUUUGCUUCAAGCCAAUGGGUGAUGAUUGUGCCAUUGAAUCUUUUGCGCAAUACUUUCAAGGAGACAUAAAAAAUCUUAAAGAAGACAACUGGAAACAACAACUCAAGAGUUGUACAGAUUCACCGGUGAACUGUCUACCUACAUUCCAACAGCCUUUAAAGAAAAAUCUAUUGUUUGACAAAGAAGAUAUUUUCGAUUCUAAAGCUUUUGUAAUCACAUUGUUAAUCAACAAUAACCUGUCAAAUAUAGAAUAUACCAGUAAUGCUGUCGAGUAUGAACAUGCAUUGAAAGAAUGGAUAUUUGACUUAAGAAAUGAAAACACGAAUUUGAAAAUAGAUUUUAGUACUGAAGUGUCAUUAACAGAAGAAUUGAAUAAGUCUACAAAUAUGGAUAUCAGUAUAAUCAUUGUCUCGUACCUUUUAAUGUUUUUGUAUGCUUCGCUAGCAUUAGGUGGUAAGGUACCUACAAGUAUGAAGUUGAAGGAUUUAGUUCAUACUAGAUUUCAGCUAGGUUUAGGAGGUAUCUUUAUUAUCUUAUUAUCAGUCACUUCAUCGGCCGGUAUCUUUUCAAUGAUAGGAUUGAAAUCGACUUUGAUCAUUGCUGAAGUUAUACCAUUCUUAAUUUUGGCUGUUGGUAUUGACAACAUUUUUUUGAUUGUUCAUGAAUUACACCUUAACAAUAAGCUACUUCCUGACGAUUCAAUUGAGUAUAGGAUAUCUCAGACAUUAAAAAACGUUGGUCCUUCAUGUUUGAUCAGUGCUAUCUUGCAAUUUGCAAUGUUCUUGUUGGCUACAAGGGUUGAAAUGCCGGCUGUCAAGAAUUUUGCUUUUUAUUCAGCGGGGGCAAUAAUGAUGAAUUUUAUUUUACAAAUGACAGGAUUUAUUGCUUUAUUAGCGUUAGACCAAAGAAGAUUAGAGGACGAUAGAAUUGACUGUGUUCCAUGUAUACAAGUCGACGAACCAAUUAGUUUGAGUGAUGACGAUAGCGAGUAUGAACAACCAGAAGAGGUUGAAUACAAUUUCUCGAAAUUAAUUGAUACCUACUAUGCUCCGUUUAUACUUUCUAGGACGAAUAAGCCUAAAAUUCUUACCUUCUUUCUACUUUGGUUAGGUAUUUCACUAAGCCUUUUGCCCAAUAUUCAAUUUGGAUUAGACCAGAGGAUUGCAAUUCCAUCAGACUCAUAUUUGAUUGAUUAUUUCAAUUCAGUGUACAAAUAUUUAAACGUUGGUCCUCCAAUUUUCUUCGUCAUGAAGAACUUAGAUGUCACAGAGAGAGAAAACCAACAGAAGUUGUGUGGAAAAUUUUCGACGUGUAAUGAGUUUUCGGUCUCAAAUAUAUUAGAGCAGGAACUUAAACGGAGUUCUAAAUCUACUAUUGCGGAGCCUGCUUCGAGCUGGCUAGACGAUUUCUUAACAUGGUUGAAUCCAGAUUUGGACCAAUGUUGUAGGUUCAAAAAGAACUCGCCCUUCGAUGACAAACAAUUCUGUACACCCAGCACACCUGAAAGAUUAUGUGAAGCAUGUUAUACAGACCAUGACCCACAAUACAGUAACACGAUGGAAGGUUUCCCUACCGGUAAGGAAUUUAUGUUUUACUUCAAUCAGUGGAUCGAGGAACCGAGUGACCCCUGUCCAUUAGGUGGCAAGGCACCGUAUUCCACUAGCAUAUCAGUAAACCGAAACAAAAGCAAAAUUGAUUCUAGUUAUUUUAGAAGUAGUCAUAGUCCAUUACGUUCGCAGGCCGACUUUAUCAAUGCUCACAAGAACUCGCUCCGGAUCGUCAGAGAGAUUGAAUCGUAUGACAAUGACCUUGAUAUGUUUGCGUUCUCCCCGUUCUACAUAUUCUUCGUCCAGUAUGAAUCGAUAGUCAAACUAACCCUCACAUUAUUGCUAAUUGCUGCAAUUAUCAUAUGGUGCAUAAGUGCGUUCCUCCUAGGCUCGGUAUCUUCCGCUACUGUUCUUGUCGUCACUGUGUGCAUCGUCCUCGUCAAUAUUGGAGGCGUGAUGUCUCUCUGGUCCAUCUCCCUAAAUGCUGUUUCCCUCGUUAACUUGGUCAUCUGUGCCGGUUUGGCGGUGGAGUUUACUAUCCAUAUUACUCGCGCUUUUACCAUCACACCCCCCGAUAUCUACUCAAUAAACCCUAGAGAAAACAAGGCGCACAAGGCCCUUACUACAGUCGGUGGUUCGGUGUUAGGUGGUAUAACCCUAACCAAGUUUAUUGGAAUUUCAGUUCUCGCAUUCACUAAAUCGAAGAUCUUCGAGGUCUACUACUUCAGAAUGUGGCUAGCAUUGGUCUUUAUUGCCGCGAUUCAUGCUCUAUGUUUGCUUCCCAUACUCUUGAGUUACUUCGGUGGUUCCAAGCUCAUUAUUUCUUCGGAUGAUCUUGCUGGUAAUGCUACCGUUCCAGAAACCGGUAAUGAAGGGCUUUAA